CAAGUGGAAAAAUCUUGAGGAGACUUUUGAAAGAUCAGGCGAAGAAGGAUGACGAGAAAGCGAAGUUGUAGAUUUGGAGAGGGAAUGUAUAUACAUGUGGAUUUUAUGCAUGUCUUUGGAUAUAUAUUAUAGAUAGAUUUUGACAACAUAUUUAGUUCUUAUGACUCGAGUACCUGUCUGUAUUUGUGUUUUUCAUGUUUUGUUUUGAUUGAGAUGUCCCGAAAUCCCGAAAGCGGGAAUAUCGGCCGUGCGCCCGCUAGUUUACUCCAUAAUAUAACUUCAUCGACUUUCAAUUAAUGUUCUGUAACGCUUGCCGAUUGAAAUUGGUUGUUAUACUAAAAUUGUUAUUCGACAACAAACAUGGCAAUCAUUCGCUCUCCGGCCAUACGUCGCACAAUUUCUGGUGCUGCCCCUUAUUUGCGAUCCUCACAAAAGAGAUGGGCACAAGUUCAUGAUGUUCGGUUCUUGGCCACCCAGCAAUCGGAUAGAAUUCUGGAAAAGUAUAGGGAGAAGCUUGAUCAAAAAGCAAAGGAGUAAGUAAUCGAAAAUGAGUAAUUGAUGUGUUUAGCUUAUGAAAACUUCUAGGCAAGGACUGCGAGAUUUGAAUGAACUAAAGGGGGCCUACAAAACCAAGAUUGAGGAAUUGAAAAAGAAAGCAACCGUGACAAUUCCUGUGAAUGCCCCUCCAACACCACCACCAUCUCCGACUUCAUCACCAUUUCCCGCAGCUCCACCUCCACCUCAAGCUCCUGCUGAGAGAGCACCCUCCUCAAACCCUGGGCUGAAGACUCUAUCCUCGUACCUGGAUCUGGAGAAACUUCGCGCCUUAACACACAAAGAAAUCGAGGCACUUUGGCGACUUCGACACAUCAAAGAUGCCCAAUCAUUGUGCGCAGCGAUACCCUUACACACAUACAAAACCAUCGAAGCCACUGCAAAGAAGUUUCCAACCUUUAUCUUGCCGCUUGCAAAGGAGGGUCAGGGUGCAGAGAUUCAUUUCUUGCAAUGGACUUUCCCGGCGGAAAAUACCGUCGUUGUUCUCUUCACGCAUCUUGCAGAAUACAAAUUGAGGGGAGAAUACAGUCAGCCACAUACUACAAUUACGCAUCAUUUGGAACUUGAAAAGGAUAAGGAGUUGGUUUUAUUGCAUGGACAGGUCGUUGAAGGAAGAGGCGUGAGCGUCGACGACGCAAAAUGGUUGAUUAUGUGUUUGCAGAAAUUUUAUGGUCCAGUAGGGGAACAUAGUAAUAGACGUAGGUUGUUGGAGAUGUUUGGAAAAGGUGAUACAGCGUUCAAUGUUGAGGAUUUGGUCGAGGAGGCCGAAAAGAUCAUAUAGACGAUGGCCUAAGCAUUGUGACGAUCUAGGCGUGAUCUGAGGUUGUGGUUUGGGACAAAUGUAAGCAUGUAAAAAUCUUCUCUUCGAUAACCAUCAUGGCAGGUGUACAAAAUUUGGAUGUGCUGAGCACCAUGGUUUGCCUCUAGGAUGUGCAAGCGUCACAUGGAGAAUGAUCAUGGAGGACUUGAAAUCGUUUUCCACUUCCGUUUUGAAUGGACGACGAAGGCGGUCACUGUCCACCGCCAGACCGGCAACGAAGUCCUUAAUACUACUACAUCAAGGCCACAAAGUCACUAUUCAUACAGGGAUUUCGGCAUGCCUUGCUAUAUUGGAUUUGUGCAUCCGAACAAACCAAAAUUUUCAGAACUGCUGCAGGAUGAUGCAGCCAUUUCCGCACAGGGCAUUCCAUUCGGUGCAUUCUCAAACGCGCAGCUCCACGAAACAUGGGAUAAAUUCUACACAGAGUGCAAUUUUCGUGUUCAUAGGGAAGUAACGAAUGGCAUUUUUAACUAGAAUGUAGUAUAUAUACUUGUUCCAUUCUUUCAAAAUAUGUCAAAGUCUGCAAAACGAACGGCAAAACAAUGCAAAUUCAUCCCUGCCAAUUCAAUUUCUUUUAGGUUCUCACUUCUCAUCUCCAAUCAGCCAUCCCGUAAGGGUUGGAAUAGUGUUUUCUGUUUCUGAUAAUACCAGGGUCAGCAUCUGUGACAUUGGGAAUCUGGAAGUCUUCGGGUACUUCGACGAUAAAGGUCUCCAUCUC